AUCACCAUUGCCUGCUGCAAAGUUACUCGUAAUCUCAGUGCAAUUUCAAGGAUUCAAAGCCAAACAUGGCCUUCCUCAUCCUCUUCCAAGCGCUUCUCAUCUUGUCCCUCGCGGCCUCAACUCUUUCGACUCGUCCCUACAAGAACGACCUCACGCCAUACUUCUACGACUACGUUUGCCCUCAAGCCUUGCCUGCCAUCAAGCGUGUCGUUGAGGGGGCGGUGCAGCAAGAGCGACGCAUGGGCGCUUCCUUGCUGCGCUUGCACUUUCACGACUGUUUCGUCAAUGGUUGUGAUGGGUCGAUACUCUUGGAUUCAACCGCAACCAUCGAGAGUGAAAAGUUCGCGGCUCCUAAUAACAAUUCGGCUAGAGGUUUCGAAGUGAUCGACCAAAUAAAGGCGGAGGUUGACAGAGUAUGUGGACGUCCCGUGGUUUCUUGUGCAGACAUCUUGGCUGUCACCGCUCGUGACUCUGUUGUUGCGUUAGGAGGGCCUUCGUGGAAAGUACAACUCGGACGAAGAGAUUCGAUGAUGGCGAGCAGGACGACGGCAAACAACGACAUCCCUGCGCCGAACAUGGACUUACCUGCCUUAAUUAACAAUUUCAAGAAACAAGGCCUUAAGGUCAAGGACUUGGUUGCGCUGAGCGGCGCUCACACAAUCGGCUUCGCACAGUGCUUUACCUUCAGGAAUAGGACAUUCAAUGACAGCAACAUCAACCAGGCAUUCGCAAAGAAUCUCCGGUCCUACUGCCCGCGCACAGGAAGCGACUCUAACCUCGCAAGUUUAGAUCCCACGCCAGCGCGUUUCGACACAUUGUACUACAAUAACCUGUUGACCCAGAAGGGCCUUCUUCACUCUGAUCAGGCACUGUCAACUGGUGAAUCCGCACUCGAGCUAGUGAAGAGCUAUAGCUACAAUUAUGAAGCAUUUUGGAAGGAUUUCGCUAAAUCGAUGGUCAGGAUGGGAAAUAUCAAGCCACUGACCGGAAACCAAGGUCAAAUUCGCUCGAAUUGCCGGAGGGUGGAUUGAAUUUGGGACAGUCGGAAGCCACCGAUUUCAUUAAAUUACAACGAGUCGUCACAAUUUUCUUUUUUUUUUUUUUACGCAUAUGUCGCAAGUGUACCAUUGUAUUUGUUGCUGUGAGUAGUUCAUUCUUCAGAGGAACUUUUUUCUAGAGAAUGUACAUUUGUGCCUCGAUAAUAAAGUCUUCAUGUGUAAAUUGAA